GAGACUCAACAUUCUCAAGGGCUGGCUCUCUUCAUAAUUUCUAUUGCUAUUGUUUGUGAAUCCAUACAUACAUUAUUUCAAAGACUAUCAAUGUUAAUUCGACAGAUUACGGCAUUGGCGAUAGCCUUGCUGGCACAGGCACCGGUAGCUUUAUCAGAUGAUGUUGUUGGGCAUCGCUUUAUGCAAAAUGGAAUUCAAGUCUUGAAUCAAGAACAGGCACAAGUUCAGCAAUGCCAGAACCAGAAUCAAAAAAUGCAAGGCCAGCAAUCACAGUGUCAGUCCUCAACUCGGAUUUACCAAAGCCAAUCAACAGGGAGCCAAGGACGAAGAGAGCAGCCUCAAGCUCAGCAAUCUCAAUCAUUGCAGAAUCAAGGACAAAUUCAACAAGGUCAACAGCCUCAAGCUCAACAAUCUCAAGCUUCACAGAACCAAGGACUCCAGCCUCAGUUAACUAAUACUGGGGGGUCUGGGCAGUGUUUUUCAUCAAAUGGAUCUUGUGACCCCAACGGAAUGCCUUGCUUUAGCAAUGAUAGCGCAAGUCGAUGUUGUGGAUCCGAUGAGUAUUGCUCUACUAAUAAACUGUGCGUUUCAAAGAACGAUCCGAAUAGAUUCUCCAGUGGAUCGUGUACAGAUCCCACGUUCCGAUCGGCUUCUUGCCCGAAUAUUUGCCAAAGUGUUGGCGAUACUGGGGUAGUAUUACCAUGUGGUGACCCGUCACUAGGACAAUUCUGUUGCGAUGAAGGUCGAGGUUUCGAAUGCUGUUCGACGCCAAGCAAGGUCUUCACAUUAGGCAAAGGAACAAUUUUUACAGAGAACUCUCUCAAUUCAGCCACCACCGCCAACUCAAAUACAGAUUCCCAGCCACAAAGAUCAUCUCAAUCCACAACUACACGCACUCAGACUGAGACUGCGACCCAAGUUCAAACUCAGAUAUCUUCUGCAACCCAGACAGUCGUCAGAACUUCCAUUUCCGUUUCCGUUUCUGUGCAAAUUGUCACAUCCAAUCAACUUCCAACUUCCACCAUAGUAUUUUCGUCAGCAGCUCCAGCAAUAUCUUCGACAUCGGUAGUUCUUAUUACACAAACAACAUCACAAAAUCAACCAUCUAAUUCUCUCGAAGCAACCCGGAGCGGAAGUGUAUAUCAAAAUCAAAAUAGUCAACCGUUAUCAUCCUCUAGCCUUUGGGAUGCCAAUCCUCAACCUUCUGCUUCUUCAAGUUCCAAUGAAGACCAAGGUCAAAAUGGAGGAACAAGCUCAACUUCAGUUGAGAAUUCUCAAGCCUCAAAUAAGGCCCAAAACCAAACCGAUAGCCAGAAUAUUCAAUCCACUGUGUCAAAUUUUCUGAAAUCCCCUAACAUGACCGCAAUUAUUGCUGGAUCCAGUGCUGUGGCUGCUAUCGUGAUGUUGGGAAUAGUGAUAGUUUGUUUCAGAAAACGAAGACGGGCUAAGAAGUCAGGCAUUCAGUUACGAGAUGGGAAAAGACGAGGAUCUGAAUCUGAGAGGGGCGCUAGCGAGAAAAUGGGCAAAAUGGGUGAAGAUGGAAAUAGAAAUGCAAGUAUAGGGGUAUUCGUAACAGUCUCCGAGAAACUUAAAGGAUUGAAGGACAAAGCACAUACUGCACACCUGAAAGAAGAUGAUAGGGUCUCAAGGGAAUUUGAUGGAGCGCUUGGAGGUGGAAUGUACCUAGAAGGUGGUACGAUGGGAAGAGGACGACCACGUGGAGACUUGGGAAGGAGUUCAGGGGAUAGAGAAUUCGUGAAUACUAGGGAUAUGAGCACGAACCCAGAUAUCCCCCCACCCCUUCCUUCGAGCUUCAGCAACCCCAGAGCUCCUCCUCGUCUACCUUCACCACCACUCCUUCCAACCCAAUCUCGAGAUUUGGAAUACAGAACCUCUAGAAGAUCUUUCACUUCAGCAACUACGGGAUCUCAUUAUAGUCGAGCGACAAAUGGAGAACUAUUGCAAAUACCGUUGCAAAUAGAUAUGCCCGUACCAUAUCGCCCAGUUGGAAAUGGGGAUAGUGGAGCGUAUAAGCUAUUUUCGAGAGAGGAAGAACAAGAUUUUGGACUCGGGCGGGAGCGAGUGAAUGAACAGAGACAGGAAGAACCUAGAGGUUUCUUUUAGGCUUUCAUUAGAAGGGAGAGUUAAGAGAUAUAUCCCGCUGUCUUUCGUAUGGAGCCUCGGAAUGAGAGUACAUAAUCAUAAUUUCAAAAGCAAACACGAAAUCUAAAGUUUAA